AUGAACAGAUUAGCUAUCGUUCUAUUCCUUGCCUUGUCCCUAGCCGUUGCAAAUGCCACCAUCCACACUAUGUGCUUCGACUACUUCCUGAAAAAAGACAAAUGUAUCAAUGGCGCAGCAGGCCCGAACAUCCGAUGCGGGGCUAAAGCCAAACCUCAUCCAAAGCCUGUCUCGACGUUUGUCCUGCAAGGGCCUUCCAAGAAGACAAGGACCAGCGGCAAAGCUCUUGAACGCCGCUACGACACUAACGAAGAUGUAUUAAUCAUGGCCAGUGGCGAAGGUAUAUGUGGACGAUACGAUUCAGAAAAACAGGAUGGAGUUUGUCUUUGGAGUGGGCCCGAACAAGAUCACCCUACCAUCCAUACUGCUGGAUGGCUCAACUCACUCAAGACGUCCAACUGCGGCAAGCAAGUAUACAUCCAAAGACGUGGCUCAAAGAAAGUCUUUUAUGUCCCGGUCCUUGAUGGCUGUGGUUUCCACAAAACAAAGGUAGAGGAGGGAUGUUUUGAGAUCGGUGUUACCCAUUCACUUGCCAAGAAACUCGCCAUUCACCCAAACGAACUCGGUCCCCAUCCAACAGCCCUGGUUGGUGGAUUCACAUGGGAUUUCAACAACCUUGACGGCAAAAACCCCCGAGCCGGACCUGUUUAA